UCCCCUGACAGUCAUGCCAAUAAAGCAAAUUGAAUUGAGUAUAGGGACCUCUUGGUCCCUGCUUCAACAGCCACAGGACCCUUAUUCAUUAUUGACAUUUACCGUGGACAUUACUUGUUGUUCAAUUAAAUAUUUAUCAAAUAAAAAUUCAAAUAUGUAUUCUGUGCAGUUCAUCAUCCAGCCUGUAAGUGAUGAAGAGAGAGAGUAGAGAGGAGAAGUGGGCGGAUGAUGGGGGGGCGCAGUCAUGAUGGUUUAAAGAAGAAACCCCUCCUACUGCGCAUGUGCGUGGAUUUGAAGAGAGAACACGCCAUAUUGGAUUCCCGUAGGAAACGGAGAGCAUUUUUUCUCCCUCCUCUCUCUCAGCUAGCGGGGCCACUUUAUCAAUGGUCCUAAUGCGGUUUAAUGUUUAAAUACUUCUCCUUCUUCUGUCGUAACCAGAGCAGCAGCGACCUUUGAGCCGGGUCCAGAGGGGUUCGCACCGGAGCUGGUUGGUUAGAUAGUGGAGAGGAAGGUUUAACCGGAGAGAGAAGUUGAAUGGAUCCGAGGGUAGCCUGGAUUCAGCCCGAACAGAAAGGACCUGCGAACGCCUUAUGGAUGCACGUCUGGGAGACCUCUCAGGGAGUCCGGACACUCUCCGCUGCUGCUGCUGCUGCUCAGCAACACCACCACCAACACCACCAACACCACCACCACCAGCAGCAGCUACACAACCAGAACCACAACCAGUACGUCAACUACGUGGAUGUUUUAAAAAAUGUGGUGGCAUCGAGCAAGAGCAGCCAUCAUCACAUCAUGAACGGCACUACUGCGAUGACCUCCUUCACCAUGACGACGACGACUAACGCAGCAGAACCAGGUCCAGGUCCAGGUGAGGGGAAAACCCUGAAGACUGUCUCCUCUUCUUCAUCACAGGAGUCCCGGACGGAUAGUAGUCCUCCUUCCAGCUGCUCCUUUGAGAGGACUAUGGGUGGAAAUGUAACGACGCGACUCAACGCUAAUAAAAACGUCGGAGGGGGUGCCAACAAUCUGCUCUUCAACGUGAGGGACAAUAAUGUCAACCUUUACCACCAUCAUCAUCAUCAUCACCAUCAUCAACCGGCUUCUUUCAAUGUGCAGCAGAUCUGCGUGAAGCGCCACCACCAGGUUCACCCGUCUCCUGUACCUGUAGUAAUAAAUCACCAAACACACAAUAAUCACCAUCACCAUCAUCCGGGCAGGAGGAAAAGUGACAACAAAGCGAGCACUUAUGGGAUGAAUUACUUGCUUUCAAACUGCACUAAUGGCAAUUAUGCGAGCACUUGGACGCCCUGGAAGACGAGGAAGUACAACCCAGGAGUCCUCGGACUCCACGAGGAGCUGAUGGACUUCUACAACUUCAUGUCCCCUCGGCCAGAGGAAGCAGCUAUGAGGAAGGAGGUGGUGAACCGGAUAGAGAUGAUCAUCAAGGAGCUGUGGCCCACUGCAGAUGUCCAAAUAUUUGGCAGCUUCAGCACAGGGCUGUACCUUCCAACAAGUGACAUUGACCUGGUGGUGUUCGGGAAGUGGGAGCGCCCCCCGCUGCAAGAGCUGGAACAAGCUCUUCGCAAGCAUAACGUGGCAGAACCUUUCUCCAUUAAAGUGCUGGACAAGGCUACAGUGCCAAUCAUAAAGCUGACGGACCAGGAGACUGAGGUGAAGGUGGACAUCAGUUUCAAUGUGGAGACUGGAGUCAAGGCGGCAAGCUUCAUUAAAGAUUAUGUUAAGAUGUAUCCAGUGCUGCCUUACCUGAUCUUUGUACUGAAGCAGUUUCUGCUGCAGAGAGAUCUAAACGAAGUCUUCACUGGGGGAAUCAGCUCUUACAGCCUCAUCCUCAUGGUCAUCAGCUUCCUGCAGGUAAAACUCCAUCCUCGCAUCGACGCCAGAAACCCCAACGAGAAUUUGGGCGUGUUGCUGAUCGAGUUCUUUGAGUUGUACGGCCGCCACUUCAACUACUUGAAAACAGGGAUUCGCAUCAAAAACGGAGGCGCAUACAUAGCCAAAGAGGAGAUCAUGAAGGCCAUGACAAAUGGAUACAGACCAUCCACGCUCUGCAUAGAGGACCCGCUGCUCCCAGGUAAUGAUGUGGGGAGGGGUUCCUAUGGGGCCAUGCACGUCAAGCAGGUGUUUGACUAUGCCUACACUAUCCUGAGUCAUGCCGUGUCCCCGCUUGCACGCUCGUAUCCCAACAAAGACUCUGAAAGCACCUUGGGAAGGAUAAUCAGGUUGACCCAGGAAGUGAUCGACUACAGGGAAUGGAUCAUUAAGAAGUGGGGGGGCAGGGAUCUGGCGCGAACAGACAACAGAGUGUCACCUCCCAAGGAGCCAGUGUCAGAGCAGGAGUCCUGCGUGCUCGGUGGCGGUGUCGGGUCGGAGGAGCAGCAAAGGGACUCGGUGUCGCCCCACAGUGCAGACUCGCCCAUGUCCAUCUCCAGCCCCCAGCAGCACUCCUCAGCCUCCUCUGUCUCCUCACUGUCUGGAUCAGACAACGACUCUGAUUCAGCGCAGCCGUGUCCCGUCCCUCCGCCACCCCUGCCACAAUACCAGUCUUUCCCGCAUCUGAGCCUCGCUUUGCCACCAGGCCUCAACAUGGGCACCGGCAAGCCCGGCAUGGGAGGACCCCAUCUCCUCUUGCAUCCAGGCUCACAGGCUCGCGUCCCGCUGCCCGGUGGUCUAGCAAUGCACUCCAUACCUGGCAGACAGGUGUGUAUAGACACCGGGCUCCCCCCCUUCUUCCACAUGCCCCCCCCAGCCCAUGCUCAUGCCCCCGCCCCCUCCAGCCCCCAGCCUCCGCCCAGCCCCCACUCCAGCCAUAUACACAAGAACGGAGCCAAGUUCAACGUGAAGGGCUUCCACAACCCGCCGCUGGUCAGCAACCCCGCCCUGGCUAACCGCGGACACACACACGCUCACACGCACACACAGUAUCACCGCAACACUUGGCGGCGCAGAAAGAGGGAGAGCCUGCCGGUUAGCCUCAGCAGAUAGAAACCACUCGUCUCACCCCCCCCCACACUUUAUCUCCCUCUCCUCUCUGGCUGCUAAACCCUGGCUCUACCUUCGUCUCCAAUGAGGACGGACAGGCAGACAGAGGACCAGAGACCAGCAGUUUUCACUCUGGGGCUGCCUUCGACACGGGACAACAGCCCUCCGCUCUGCAUCUUCUUCCUACUAUCUCUACCUUUCCAUUUCUGCAUGACUUUUUGUUCACAGUUUCAGUAUUAUGUUACUUUUCAGUAUUUUUUGGUUUCCUCAUCUUUGUUUCAGGUCCUGUUUAUUUUUUGUUGAACUCGGCGGUGACGCCAUCGCCGAGUUCACCUGACCUCGUCUUGACCCUCGCAGCCAAGCUGCCUGUGGUUCAGUGUUGCUUUUUUUUUUUUUUUUUUUUUCUGUUUUUUUUUUUUUUUUACAGUUUAUACACUUAAAGAACAAACAGUUUUUCAUUUUGUGCAAUAAUGUUAUUUUUUCUUUUUUGGAACUAAAGUAAAUGCUUAUUUAAUUUUAUCUGUGUAUAUGUAAAGGCAUUUUUAUACAGUUGUUUUAUUUUUGUAGAGUUUUAAAUUUUGUUUACAAAACCUUUCCCCCGGGCAGCAUCUCUGGAGUGUGUGUGUGUGUUGCUCAGUUGUUGUGUGUGUGUGUGGGAGUGUGUGCGCCUGUCUGCCUGUCAUCAGGUUGAGAUGGACCCCUCCUUCUCUUCUUCUCUCCCCUCUUUACUCGUGUUGUCCUGUUUGAUAAAGAGAAGCGGGAACAGAAAGGGAUACAGAGCUCUUCUUCAUCUGUCUUGCGAAAAUGGGCGAGGUUAACAUGAAAUUCCUACAAUGGAAGUUGUGUUCCUCGGUCCACUUAGUCGAAGGCAUCCUGGAGGGAAGUGGAGGGAUGGAAAUUGCACCCUGGGAUAUCCUGAGAAAAUGAGAGGAUGUAAUUCUGUUUUAGCCUUGAUGGGGUAGCUCCUGAGCAGACAGAGCUUUAGCAGUGCCACCUUGAGAAUGUGUGUAUUUGUAUAUCUCUGUAUGUAUGUGUGUGUGUGUCCCUUAUGGGACUGUGCUGUUGCCAUAUUUCGUCAGUCAGGGGGAAGGCUGGCAGUGGCCUGCUGGUUUAGUCUUGGCCAUCUUUCUCUCCACAGGAGGCGAUUUUUAAAAGAAAGGCUUCCAGACAGUGCAGAAUUUUGGCCUGAAAGAGCCUCUUCUGUCAAACAUAUAUGCAAGCGUGUUUUCAUUUUUUGUGCUCGUCUCUUUUUAUUACAUGUUGUAGGAGGGUUGUGGCCAAGAAGGGGCAACAGCUUAUCUGACUUGAAUUUGAAGAUCAAGAUUAGGGUAAGAGGGCAAGGAUAGAAAAAAAAAAAGCCACUGAUUCCAGGUUCAGAGGAAUCCUCUCAGUCUCUCUAAGUUGCUGUUGUGGAAAUCUGAUCCCAGGGCUGAGGUCAAACUCUUGCCCGCUGCUGUAAAUCAGUGCAGACCAACACUAAGAUGCUCAGCGAUAAGGUUUUUCUCCUUUAUGCUCCUGGACAAAGGAGAAGGAGGGAGGGAGAGAGGGGGGGGGGGUCUUCCUGAACCAAGGACCCUAGUGAAAGGGAAUUAUAUUUUGAUUCCAUUCAGGAAUCUUGUGUAUAUUUGAUUGCCAGGUACUUCCGCUAAUUGUUUGCAAAUGCCUUUCUUUGUGUUUACUUGGGAGUGUGUGUACGUCGUUUUUUUUUUUUUUUUUUUUUUCAGCGAGCACACCGUGUCACUGCUUGUUGGACUUGGAGUUUACUGACUGUCAAGACACGCAGGCCAACUUGUGAACUAUGAGCCCAUCCCCCCCUGACCCCCUUGUAUUUGUAUGAAGGUCCUUGAUAUGUUUCAAAGUCUAGUUUUCUACAUCUUAAGGAAUGGGGGAUGUGUAAUGUCAGUGGUUGGGUCUGUGUAGUGUGUGACAUAGUGAAACGUGUGUGAGAACGUAUCGGGGACUCAUGACUCGCCACCACAGGUUUUUUUUAAUCAGACGGUUCAUGAGCAAAGUGCACCCCAGAGAGCGACUUGCACUCUGCAGGGUGCACUUCAGAGUGUCCACCAACAAUUCUUUACCUUUUUACUGAGACUCUGUUCAGUGCUGUUUGUGUUUCCUUUUUUCCUUUUUAAAACCAUGGCAACUCUGACCCCGCUGUCAAAACUGCACCCGGCAUCAAUUCAAUCUCAGAUGAAGGGGUUUCUGUUUUGACCGAUGGCUCGAAGCAGAUUAUGAGCAAAUCAUCGCUUAUAGCUAGAGAAAUUCCUUUUUAAUAAUUUGACCAAAAUCAUUAUCUGCCCAGCCAUACCAUCGUUCCCUUUCACUCCUUUAUUCCCUAUGGAUGAUUAUUUCCAUCCAUAGGGAGGUGAUCACGUUGGCGCAUGAAAUGCUCAAUUACAUGCAAUCCUAGCCUGAUUAUAAAUUGGAUAACAAGGGGGGGGAUGUAGUUUCAAACUGCAAUCCUCGACAGCCACGUCUGCUUUUAGAGAUUAGAACCAGCGUUGAUGAGAGGCUGAAAAUGAAAUUGGUAAUGGGAGGUUGUUGACUGGGUUAGAGUUGCCUGCAUCUCCACAGCAAAAAGACUUGACAUGCAGUAUCCUAGGAAGUCUGUAUGGAUUUGAAAUCUCUGUGCAUCUCAGCAGUCCGACGCUGCUCCGUCACACUGAUCCAGAUCGGUGUAAAUGACGGUAAAAAGGAAGCGGCCAGGACCGCUGAGAUUUUGGCGUACACAUGUACACGUAGAUGAUGCAAUGUAAUAUCACCCCCUCAUUGCAACACAAUGAGGGAUUUUAAACUGGCGGCUGCUGUUUUAGAGAAAAGUGGCAGCCCCUCUUUGUCCUGGCUGAUUCAUGUGAGCAGUGGCCCUCUAAAUGGACACUGAGCUCCCGGUGGCCAGAGGGAACCACUGCCCAGCUUGUGGUUGUUUUUUUGGGGAGGGAGGCGGGGGGGGGGGGCGUUGGUUUCUUUUUUUUUUUUUUUGACAUUUUUAUGUAAAUAUAUUUUUUUCUAUUUUAUUUUUUAAUAAACAUUUUAAAACUGCCAGUCAGCGUGUGUUUAAUAAAUGUUUGACCACAUUGACAUUAUUAUCAUCGCAUAGUA